CGAAAGCGCCGCAACAUUGUCCUUCUUCUCGACGGGACCGGCAAGGAGUUUUGCGACAAGAACUCGAAUCUCAUCAAGCUCCACACGGUGCUAAAGGCCGACGAGGACCAGUUCCUCUACUACAGCAGUGGGCUUGGUGAGUUCAGAUGGGCAGUCAAGGACCGCCAAACACACGCUAACACGCAGGUACUGUCCUGCCGUCCAGCACUGGCUCUCAGGAAUUUUGACGAUUUCGUCUGUGAUGCUUAUGCAUACCUCAUGGACUAUUACACCCCGGGCGACCACGUGUUCAUCUUUGGGUACUCGCGCGGCGCGUAU